GCGAGCAAAUAUCUGUUAUCUCCUCGUCUUCUACCUCCCGACUCGCUAACGGAUAGUGAAACUGAAACAAAGAUGGCGGCUUUGACGAUGGCGAUGGGGAUGGCGGCUGCCCCACGGGUGGCCCAGCUCGCCGGCGCCCAGCCGGGUGGCGGGAGAUGCGUCUCCGUCCGCGCGGCUGCGCCUCCGCGGCAGCAGCGGUCGUCCCGGCCGCCGCCCAGGAACCGCGGCCCUCCUCCGCAGAACCGCCGGCGCGGGCCGCCGCCCAGGCCCCGUGACGACGACGGCGAAGGCGACGACCGAGGUCCGCCAGGGAGGCGGGGCCCUCCUGGCGCGCCCAGCCGCCAGCACCAGGGCCGCGGGCCGCCGAGGGGCUCAGCCGGCCGGCCGCCGCCCAGGGGGCACUCCGGCCGCGCGCAGCCGGCAGACAUGGCCCGCUCGCCCGUCGCCGCUCUGCGGCGGGGGGAGGAGGAGUUCGACGACGAGGCGGGGUACAGGAACUACGAGGAGGAGGAGGAGGAAGGGGAGGGGAGGUUCGCCGGGGGCACACGGUCGGGCGGCGCCAUGCCGAAACCACCCGCCGGGUUCGUGCUGGACGACCAGGGCCGGUGCAUCGCCGCCGCCUCCAAGCGCAUCGUCACCAUCAUUGAUGACGCCAACAAUCGACCGUUGGAGUGCAUAAUCAGGAGGGUGUUCAGCAGCACGCAGGAUCACGAGUGCUUGCUUCUCUGCCCCGUCGACAUGCCUGUGCAGGUGCUCAAGAGCACCAACUUCAGCGGCUGGAUUGCCGUUGACGAUGACCAGAUUAAGGAGAUCAUACCAUCGGUUGCGUACGCCCUUGCUAGAGUACAUAUGCACUUUGUAGAAAGCGGAUUCUGUUACACAGCACGAGGUGGCUUCUGCUUUCCUGAAGAUGCAAUCCAAGAAUUCCACGAUUCUAGUGGUGGUAGCGGGGAGGCACCUUUUGAAGGUGUAGAGAUUUGCAACUUCAAUUUGGACGGUGCACACUAUAUGAUCUAUACACCAGUCGAUCCACUUCUGUUCGUUGCAGUUAAGGACAAGGAUGGUGUGCUACGCAUUGCUGAAGAUGACCUGAUGGAUGACCCUAGUAUCGUGAGCGCCAUAGAUGAAGAGACGGAGUUCACGGCAUUGGUGGAGGAGGAGGAGGCCCUUCUCGAGUCGAUACUGCACGGCGACGAUGAUGUCAGCUGAUCCUAGCGUACUUUAGUGGUAGAAGUACAAGUUCGUGACAGAGAGGUAUCUCUCGGGAGUAUAUGUUGUUAGAUGCGUAGAGAACGUACAUGUGUUUUGAGGCAGGUAUAUCAUGUGUACGCUGGUAUGCGUAGAGUACGUACAUGUGUUUUGAGGCAGGGAUAUCAUGUGUACGCUGGUAUUGUGUUCUAUCCUGUGAUAUGUAGAGAGAGUGUAGGUGAAGAAGAAGCUGCUAGCCUCACAUUAUAUUGGAAGAAUGGAAUGGUAGUUAGUUCUUUUUGGCA